GCAUCGCCGUCUCGCGGAUGCGACACGGACGCAGGGCCGGCCUCAGGCGCCCCUCGCAGUAAUUACGCGCUCGCAGCCGCUAAAUACACGUGUGUCGUGCGAAUUAGCGACGGGGAGGCGGAGUGGGGGCGACACCGCCAAAUCCGCCCCACCACUCAUUAACACCGCGGUUUUAAUUGCCGCCGCCGACGCCGCCACCAUGGAGUGCCGCCGGCGCGAGGCACGUGCCGAUGCGUGGACGAGGAGGAAGACGCAGCCGCCGCCGGAGCAAUAACGAUGCAUUGAUAAGGAGACGGCGGAAAAAUUUCCAAAACACGAAAACGAAAAGUUCCUCGAAAACACUAAAGUUCCUAGAAAAUUUUCACGAGUAUUUUUUUAAGAUGACGGCUGUUAGAGACGUCCACGACAAUCCGGCGAUGGACAGUUCGGAUUCGAGUGAUUCGUGCGCGACGGUUUCGAACAAUAACGAAGCCAUCAUCAGUACUUCGGCGGCGACCGGCUUGUACAAGCCGACUUUGAAGUAUAACGAUUUCGUUAAUAAGUUGGAUAGUUAUAAUAAUAACCAGCUGCUGCUGCCGACGCAGUUUUACAAAACUUUGCUUGCCAAGGCGGUGCUGUCGAGCAGCAAUGACGAUAAGAGCAGUGUCUAUAAGAAUAUGCUGCAGUUUCAUAAGGAUCGGGACUUCGAACAGAAAGCAUUCGGUUGGGACGGCGCCCAAUCGGGCGGCAGCCCCUCGGGGCCGCAGUCGGGGGGCGUGGGUGGCCAGGGGGCGCAAGGUCUGGUCCAUUGGAUGAGCGUCAUGGCGGAGCACAUGGACCCGGCGAUGUCCCACUACAUGUCCUGGAACCAGGAGUGCGGCCAACACGGCAAGGACGACUACCCCAACUGGACGAGGAACACGAUGGGGAUCAACAAGCAAGGGUACGAGGCCAAGAUGAACGAGCACAACCAGAUGCACCAAAAAAACAUGGAAGAACACCACAUGGGCGGCACCCCCAGCCUCUACACCUCCGGCCGCUCGACGUCGUCCAGCUCGAGCCCGGGGGUGGCCGGUUCGAGUCCGGCCCUGCUCGUCGUCCCCCAGCCCAUCAACGCCACGAAGAUGGGCGGCAUGCAGAACGGCGGCCCCCAACCUAGGAAGUACCAGUGCAAAAUGUGCCCGCAGGCACCACAAUUAUCCAGAGCAUGUAAGGUUUUCGGGUCGAAGGCCGAGCUGCAACUUCACACCCAGGCUCACAUGCGCGAAGCCAAACCGUACAAGUGUUCCCAGUGUUGUAAGGCGUUCGCAAACAGUUCCUAUUUAUCCCAACACACUAGGAUCCAUUUAGGCAUCAAACCGUACCGUUGUGAAAUCUGCCAAAGGAAGUUCACCCAACUCAGCCAUCUACAACAGCACAUUCGUACACACACCGGCGAUAAACCCUACAAGUGUCGGCACCCGGGUUGUCAGAAAGCCUUCUCGCAACUUAGCAACUUGCAGUCGCAUUCGAGGUGUCACCAGACGGACAAACCGUACAAGUGCAACUCGUGCUACAAGUGCUUCAGCGACGAGCCGUCCUUACUCGAACACAUUCCCAAACACAAAGAGAGCAAACACUUGAAAACGCAUAUAUGUCAGUAUUGUGGGAAGAGCUACACGCAGGAGACGUAUCUUAGCAAGCACAUGCAGAAGCACGCGGAGAGGACCGACAAGAGACCGCCGAUUGGACCGGGACUAGCCUCUUUCGGGGCCCCCUAUGAGUACGGGGCCCGAGUGCUGUGCACCCGCGGCAGCCCCCCUAUGGCCGGCUCUGACUGGUUGAACCACCGCGGCCUCGACCACCCCUACUGGCCGAAGGUGAGUCCCGAUAGUGCCGAGAACAUGCACGACUACCCCAACGACAUUCCGCGCCAGAUCCUCGAACAGAACGAGGACCUCGUCAUAAUCAGGCAGCAGCUCAGCCAGAACCCGCCCGCCCCUCCCGGCACGCCCAACACCAACCUGCCCAACAGCUACGACACGUCGAUAUCCAAGUCCAACACGAACUCGGCGUUCACGCCCAUCAACUCCAUGUCCGGGCACCUCAACCUCAACCACCACCAGCUGGCGCCCAACCGGCCCUACAUCUACGACGCCAUCAGCUUCCAGAAGCAGAACAGCCUGGACCUGCCCAAGAGCCAGCCGUCGAACGGCUUCCCCAACCAGCUGAUCUCGCUGCACCAGAUCCGGAACUACGCCCACCAGCCCAACUCCAGCCUGAUGGAACAUUCCAUACUGGGACUCAAGGACAAGUAGGGGGCGCGUCGCCCCCACCACGGCUAUGAUCUCGAGCGCCCCCUACGGCCCGGGCGCCCCGCCCGCGCGCCGCGGCCGGGCGAGGGCGGCGCGCGGGCGGGGUCUGGGCGGGGCUGAGCGCGGGACGCCCCACGGGCGGGGCGCCCCGCGCGAGGCCGCCGCACCGGGCCGUCGGCUAGCUGAGCGUGAAUAGAAACAAAUUCGAUGAAUUUGACUGUGAUUGGGGGUGCGGAAGCACCUCUGAGGCAAUAUUUUGGUGGUUGAGAUAGAGUUUAAAAUUAAUAAUAGGAAAUAAGGAAAAAACACAAAAAAAUUAUCGAAAAAGACAAUUUUUGUGAAUAAAAUUGUACAGAAAAUAGUUUAAUUUGACCUUUUCGGGGGGCAAGGGUCCGUCGGGCCGGCUUUUUGUGUUGAUUGAAAGGGAUGGACGCUUGCCUCCGGAACUAUAGCUCAAUAUUUGUAAUAAUAUAAUUUAUUUUAAUUUUGUUAGUUUUGUAAGGGUGAAAACAGCAACGCAAUCGUUUUUUGUUUUGUUGUUUUGUUUACUGAAGCUCAAUUAAUUUUUAAAUGAAGCGAUUUUUUUUUGGGAUGAUGCACACGACCCUGUUGUAUACGAAACAACCGGACGGUUUCUUUGUUGUUUAUGUAAAUAAAUGCAAUUCUACGUUAUGUUAACGUUGCGACAUCUGUUAAGUUUUAAGUGAAGAAAGCUUUAACUUGCGAAGUGUUGAUAGAAAUUGUUUCACUUUUAUUUUGUAUGAUAUUUCAUAAUAUCUCCUCUUUAGGCUUUUCCUUUGUAAGUAGCUUGUGAUCUACAGAAAUAAUGUUGUAUUUAUAUUAAAAAAAUUAUCGGUUUUUUGUUAUAUACUUUAUUAAUAAAAAUUACUAUGAUUUAGUUACUUUAUCCUUUUUUUUUCUUUUCUAUUAUUUUCUCCUUUUUCGACACGUAAAUGUUUAUAUAACUGUGAUAAUUUUUCGUACUGAGAGGUUAAUAACAUUUAAGAAAUAGUCAAUUUGUAUAUAAAACUAUAAAAUAACGAGAUUUUUAUGGAAUGUAAAAACAAUGAUUAAGUCGUAUAGGUAACCGCAAUAUUCUAAGAGGGUGAAAAGUCGAGGUUCCGAUCCUUAAAGUUAAGCACAAACCCGUUCGUUCUGACUUAAAUAAAUGUCUCUUUCUGCAUAAUAAAAAAAUGUAAAAUAAAUGUCGUCGUUGUAAAAGAAACAAAAUCCACUUAAGCUCUUUUCAGAUUUUUUCAUAUGGAACACACACACAUGACAAAAACACAAACAACACACAACGAAUUUUCGAUUAUGAUUGUUGAGGGAAUUUUUGUUUCGGCGAAAUUUCUGUUGUUGUUGUUUUUUAGUUACGAGAUGUUUCGUUUUAUAUUUGCACAAGGAAUAACUAGGACUUUUUCUCAGCACGUUUAGGAGUAAUUACAUUUUCGAGUUAUUGGUGUCUUUGAAAAUUUAAUGUUAU